GCUGCUCAAGCCCAUGGAACAGUUUGCCAAGGAUAUGUACCUGGAUCACGAGGUGGGCGCCGUGAUAAUCGGCAAGGAUGAGAGCUUCAAUGUGCCGAAGAUAAUCAGGGCCAGUUCGUACCUCCAGCAGCCGAAGGUCCUCUUCCUGGGCACCUGUCUGGACACCGCCUAUCCGGUGGGCAAAAACCGGAUGAUUGUGGGCGCCGGUGCCAUGGUAGCCGCCGUGAAGGCCAUCACUGGCCGAAUGCCGCUGAUUUUGGGCAAGCCGAAUCCCCUGAUGGUGGAGCAGCUGCUGCAAUGCGGCGUCCUCAAGCGGGAGUCCACGCUGAUGGUUGGCGACAUUCUCUACACGGACAUUCUGUUCGCCAGCAACUGCGGCUUCCAAUCGCUUUUCGUGGGCACCGGCGUCAGCAUCUUGAAAGAGGUGCGCCAGAUUUGCAAUGACGAAGGACACAGCAAAGUGGACAUGAUCCCAGACACCUAUCUGCCCUCUCUGGGACACUUGCGGGAGUUCCUCUGCUAGAUCUGUCGAUCAUGAACACAACACAUGAAUGCAUGCCCAUCCAUCUCGUACACCUUCUAAAUGUAAUGCUUCCGGUAAUCACCGGAUAGCACUCACGGGA